AGAGAAAGCGAGCUUUGGGGAAUGACCUCAAUCAGCUGUUGAUCAGCUGGCACCAGCCCUGCACUCUAAAGGCGGAAGCAGAGUGAAUCAUGCACAGGCGCACUCGGGUUGUUUUUCACAAAAACCGUUUUAAAUGAGGUGGUAGGUAUGAUACCCCCGUCUUUUGUACAGACCAAAAGCUGGGUAACAGCAUCUCCGACUGUCCGGAUCCAGAUGCUCCUUUUUAAUAUUCCACUGGUCGCGCCUGAAGCUUUUGCAGCGCAAGGCACGGAUCCGUGGUGAAGAUCCCAUUUUUCAGAUCUCCAUUUUUGUACAUUUUUAUACUCUCACACACACGUAUAUAUCUAUCUAUAGAUAUAUAACCAUGGUGCUGGGAAAGGUGAGGAGUUUUACAAUAAGCUAUGACUGUCCCAAUGAGAACAACAUUCCCGUCUAUGCCAGUGGAGAUUCAGUCUCUGGGCGGGUGACUAUAGAAGUUACUGGUGAAAUCAGGGUGAGAUCUCUUACAAUCCAUGGAAGAGGACAGGCGAAAGUACGCUGGACAGAAUCGCGAAAUGCUGGUUCUAAUACUGCCUACACUCAGAACUACACUGAAGAAGUGGAGUAUUUCAACCACAAAGACCUAUUAAUCGGACACGAGAGAGUGAUAACGUGGAAAAGGGACAGGUGCAUUUGUUGGACAGGGGUCAUCAGUAAAUGGAAACCAGCAUCAGAUGAUGAUGAUUGUGAAGAAGACCUCACCACAAUUCCUUCAGGCAGACAUGAAUAUCCAUUCAGCUUUGAGCUUCCACAAAUACCAUUAGCUACCUCCUUUGAAGGCAAGUAUGGCAGUGUGCGCUAUUGGGUGAAAGCUGAACUGCACAGGCCGUGGAUGUUGGUAAUGAAAGUGAAAAAAGAAUUUACAGUCUUUGAACACAUUGACAUUAAUACUCCAUUGUUGCUGUCACCACAGGCAGGCACAAAAGAGAAAACUCUUUGUUGCUGGUUCUGUUCCUCAGGCCCAAUAUCCCUAAGUGCCAAAAUCGAACGCAAGGGCUACACACCAGGUGAAUCAAUUCACAUAUUUGCUGAAAUUGAGAAUUGUUCUUCCCGUAUGGUAGUGCCAAAGGCAGCCAUUUACCAAACACAGACUUUCUAUGCCAAAGGGAAAAUGAAGGAAGUUAAACACCUUGUAGCCAACUUGCGAGGAGAAUCACUGUCAUCUGGUAAAACAGAAAGUUGGAAUGGAAAACUACUGAAAAUUCCACCAGUGUCACCGUCGAUUGUAGACUGCAGUAUAAUUCACGUGGAAUACUCACUUACGGUCUACGUGGAUAUCCCCGGGGCAAUGAAUUUAACUUUGAACCUACCACUAGUUAUUGGCACCAUUCCCUUGCAUCCCUUUGGUAGCCGGACAUCCAGUGUCAGCAGCCAGUGUAGCAUGAAUUUGAACUGGUUGAGUCUCGCGCUGCCUGAACGACCGGAAGCUCCACCCAGCUAUGCAGAAAUUGUGUCCGAGCAGCAACGACGAAAUAAUCUGGCUACAACAGCUGUCCGGGAUGAACUAGAAAGAGUGUUUGAGGGACCACUGUUUGCCUACAUCCAGGAAUUUAGGUACCAGCCUCCUCCUGUGUAUUCAGAGAUUGAUCCUAAUCCAGAUCAGUCAAAUCAGAACCGAGAAACAAAUGUGUGUUGUUCUACCCGUUGAUGGGCUUCACGUGGCUAUUGAGCCUAUUCUUUUGUGGUUUUUAAAAAAAAAUGCAUCACUGCACUGAGGACAGAAGACUCAAGGCAAAAAGGAAGCUCAGUGAUGUUUUGUGACAAUGGAUAGACAGACAGCCAAUGCUAAUGAAAGCCAGAAUCUGUGGCUCAAAGCUGCUGUUGAUGCCGGAGGAAACCGUAACAUUUUCAUGGGGCACAUGCAAGGAGCAGCUGAAGUGGACAGUGGCCACCGUUUGGCAUGACUUUCACACCAUUUUCCUGGGGUCUCAACUUUAACUGAAAUUUGCACAUAUUAUUCAGUGCUUGUGUUGCGCUUCAUAUUCCAUUCAGUCUUGAUGAUGGCUGUUUUUAUUUUCAAUUGUGGUGAACUGCAGACAUCAAGUUAGUGAUUUCUUUUUUUUUGCCUGGGGUCUGCACAGUUCGAAGAUCAAGUCAGCAGUGUACAAACCUGUAGCCUGGAUCGUACCUGCUUUGCACGUGCUCAGUAUUGCCUACUCAGGCCGGCCUUGCAACACCAACCUAAUUGUGGCUUCUUUUCAAACAUCAAAUGCCUUCAAGCCAAUAUUUGUUGCUACUUGUUCUUUUGCAACCUAUUGUAGUAGAAUAGCAACAGAUCAAAAAACUUGGAAUAAGACUGCAAAGAGAUUCUCUAUUAAUUUCCCUUCCUCGGGAGAAUUGUCUUUUUUUCCCUAUUUGUUGCAUUUCUACUAUACACAGAGUAUCUUUGUGUUUCAGACUGCCUAAAACACACAAAUCUCAGGUGAAUUUGUCACUUGCCAAAUUGUUGGUAUUCUUUUGUGUUUUGAUUAAAUUGCACUGUUUCAAAAUGAGGGACGAUUGCAAGAUAUGGUUGGAUUUUGAAUUCCUAUUUUCCACCAUAGCCGCCACCAUAUUUAAUCAUAAUUUCUUCCCUACUGGUUUGUUACCCUGUUCCCAAUGUAUCAGGUCAAGAAUUAGUCAACCUGUUUCCACACGCACAAAAAUUGGUGUUCUUGUCUGAAGGACUUCAUUUAGUACUGGACGUUAAAUGUUCACCAAGGUCAAAUGGGCAUUGCUGUUGUGAGAGAAAGUCCUCCUCCCAGUUAAAUCAAUUGCAGGAGUGAAUGUCUUAUUCCACAAGUGGCCUUUUUGUAAAAAAAAAUACACAAGUAUGCUAUUCUGUAUUGCCAAACUUGGGUGCAGCACCAACAUGGAAUAGUUUGGUGGAAGGAUUUGACUGUUAAUUGAGUUGCAUUUUCUUUCCUGUUCUGUUGAGAGAGGGCAUUGAGGCUCACAGUAUUUUGCGAGUGUCCCUGAUGUAUAAAUUGUUUUGUGGGGUAUUUGGCAUUAUAGGGCAUUUGAUGUUUCUAUUUGGGUAACCCUCAUUUCUUUGUUUCCGAACUAGGGAUCAACAAUUGCUUAAGCAGAUGGGAAACCUGAUUUCUAUACGAUAUUAAAAAAAAAUUACAAAAAUUUAAAGGGAUCGAUCAAUAUUAUUCCACAACCUUUGUCAUUGGCCAAACAUGGUCAUUGCUGAUAAUACUCAGUUUUUCUUUUUCUUUUCGGAUCAUGUGUGGAUAUUUUGACUGGUGGUUACUUCAGUUAUCUGCCGAAUCUGAAUAGCUAUAAUAGUGAUUUUUGAAUAUAACUAUAUAUUUCUUCAAUAUUGGUCGAUCCCCAACUUAAGAGACUGAGGACUCUGUAGUCCAGUAUUCAAUUUAGUUUCCUGAUUUUUAAAAUUAGGAAUAAAUAUUUUAAAAAUCCAAAAUGUUCUAGAAACCAAGUGCAAUAUUUAACGUUUUUUGUAAGGUUUUUUUCCUUGACCGUGUACAGACUUUUUUUUAGUUUGGUGCUGUAAUUAUCUUUGUAGAUUUUGUUAAGGAAACAAAGAUCCAUGUUCUGUAUGGUUUCAUUUUUGUUUAGCUGUUCGUGUAAAAUUAAAAUGUUUUGCUAUUGAA